GACCACAUUUUGCUUUUCCAUUCAUCUGUCACCCUGGGUUUGCUGCCUCCUUUUGGCUACUGUGAAUAAUGCUGCCACGAACAUGGGUGUGCCAAUAUCUUUUCGAGACCUGCUUUCAGUUUUUUUGGAUAUAUACCCAGGACUGGAAUGGCUGGAUCAUAAGCUAAUUUUAUUUUUAUUUUUUUGAUGAAUUCAGACUAUUUUCUGAAGUGGCUGCACAUUUUACAUUCCCGCCAGCAGUGCACAAGAGUUCCAGUUUCUCCAUAUCCUUGCCAACACUUGUUAUAUUCUUUUUUUUUUUUUUUUUUUUUAAUAGUAGUCAUCUUAAUAGAUGUGAGGUGGUGGUAUUCACCCUUUUAAAAACUUUCAGUGCUUGGUUGUUAAGGCAGGCCCAGGGUGUAGAUGUUGAGUUCCUAGGAACAGACAACAGAUUGCCAGGUGGAGCCCGUGACCCUGUCACUUGUUGAGAAUUAUUGAGAAGAUUUCCUGCUUUCAAAUUGAGGUAUUUUCAGAUUUGCAAAGAAGUUAUUGAAUAGAGGGGACUGCUAAAGAUAUCAGAGCACCAUUAAUCUAAGCUAAAGCCACAGCUGGGGAUAUCAAAGCACCUUCUGGUUAUUUGUGGUAGGAAAAUACUCCAGACCAAUCCAGUGGGAAGGUCACAGAGGAAAUUGGAGUCUUGGCUCUGUCUUUGCCAUGGAGAAAGCUUUGCUAAGUCACUUCCCAUUUCUGGGCUUACUUUUAAAAAAUGAGGUUGCUGGAACAACAACUAAGGUUCCUUCUCGCUUCCAAAUUCUUAGAUUCUGAGCAGUAACCUUGAGUUUGCUCACUGAAGAGGGGCAAGGAUGCUUGUUCUUGAGAACAAGAGAGCAGAGCAACAAUUAAAUUAUUAAAGAUGCCUCUUCAGUUGCUAAGAACUAAGGAGUGCAGCCUUUGUCUUGGAACAGAUAGAGCUGGAAUUAGACCUUGCACGUCACCCAGGCCAACAUGCCCCCUUUGCAGAGGAGAGGCUAGGAUGCAGAGAUGUGGUAAUGCUAUCCAGUUAUGAGCUUUCUCUUUCUUACGAGUAAAAAAAUAUCAACAGUAGUUCUUAGAUGUGCUGGCCUGGGGUUGGGGCCUCACUGCUGGGGAGUUGGUCUCAUUCGGUGACAAACAUAGCUCACCUGCAAGGGUGAUGAAGGCAAAGAGGUGGGGAACAUGAGAAAGGGCUUCACAGAACCGAAAGAGAGGUCACUUCAAAAUCCAAAGACCUGGAUUCCAGUCUGGUGAAACUGGGCGUGUCAGUCCAGACAGCCCUUCUUCACCAGCCCUGCAAUCUUCAUUGCACUUUGGCUGUCUUCUGGUUUUACCAUCUGAAAGGCUGCAUUCCUACAGGGUAUCAUGAGAGUCAGCAGGAGAUAAUGUAUAUGAAAGAAAUUGUACAAAGAUGUUAUUAAUACUGCUUGCACGUAGUUUUAGAGUUAGAGGGUUACCUCUCUUACCAAACACAUGUUAAAAUCUAAGUUCAACAUGGAAGGAAUAAGAAGUAUCAGGGUUAUAAAGAAUCAUUUCUUAUAUUGUACAUCUUUUCAGGAAGCAUCCCACCGCACCUUUUUUGCAUGAAGUUAAACCCGCACCACUCGUAAACUUAGAGAAAUGUGUGUUUGAUGUUUAUAUAUAUGUGACAUAUUAGCAGGACAGAUGAAGGGGGAGCUGGGCUCUGGCGUUUACCCCCAGGUGAAAAGGAAGGCAGAUGUGUGUUCCUCCCUGAGUGUCUUUGCUAAGGGCUGGCUGGGCUUGUGUCCUCCGUUGAGAGAGGAGGUGUAUCAGUGCAGAGAGCUUCAUUUAAAAUUGUAAGAUGCACCGGGGAGGGCUUCUUGCAUUCUUUCCUUUGUAGGUAUCAUUCAUGACUUUUGGUUCUCUGGCCUGUUCUAAAUUAGAAUUAAAUCCACAGUUCUUACUAGCCCCUGCAUGCAGGGGAUUUGACCACUUCUGAGCGUCAUUUGCAAAUGGGUGUGCUGAUCUCACUUUUGCUUAUUUCAUAGGAGUUGGGGUAAGAUAUACAAAAGGUAUAUUUUGUUUUUUUAACUUGAAAGACCAAAGCUUUAUCCUUGGCCUUAAGAAUGUAGCUCAUAAAAGAACAAACAAACCAUACAAUUUCCUCUACUCUCAUACACACUUCUGACACCAAACCUGUGUGUGUCUCUUCCACACCAAGCAGUUCUCCAGCUCUCGAGCACACCAACUGGGUGCCUAUAAUUGAAUUCAUUUCAGACACCGUCUACCUGGAGUUAGCAUCAGAUUCCACAGGCUAAGGGCUCAUCCCCACAAGCUGUCCCUCACUUCAGAUGCCAGUCAGUCUGGGCCUCCUGUGCGUCUGCCUGACUGGCUAUAAAUCAGGGGUUCCCAUGACCACCUCCUUGGGUUCAUUCCUUUGUGAAUCGGCUCACGGAACUCAGGGAAACAGUUUACUGAUCGCCACUGGUUUGUUAUAAAGGAUAAAACUCCGGAGCAGCCAGGUGGAAGGGUAUUAGGGUGCACAGGGCAGGGCGGUGGGGUGGCAGUGGUGCUUCCAUGCCCUCUCCAGCACCCCAGCCUCCCAGCACUGCCACACGUUCACCAACCCGGAAGCUCUCUGAGCCCCUUUCUUUCGGGUUCUAUGGAGGCUUCAUUACACAGGCGAGAUUGAUUCACUCAUCGGCCAUUGAUGACACUUAAUCUCCCUCCCCUCCCCCUCCCUGGAGGUUGGGGAUGGGGUGGGGGGUGGGGAGUGGCUGAAGGCGCCAACGCUUAUCACAGAUAGUUCCUCUGGCAGCUGGCCCAGCCCCCAUCCUCCGAGAGUCCUCUGAUUAAACUUUGGUGUGGUCCAAGGGGGCUUAUCUUGAGUGAGGAAAGACGCUCCUUUCACCAGAGCAAUAAAGCUCUGGAGCUAAGGGGCUGUUUCAGGAGCAGGGGAAGAAAGCGAAAUAUCAUAACAAAAGACAUUCCUAUCACUCUGAUCACUUAGAAAUUAUAAGGGGUUUAGGAGUUCUGGCUGGGAUCUGGGGAUGAAGACCAAAAUAUAUAUUUCCUUUUACAUCAUAAUAUCACGGCGCCACUGAAUGGUAGGAAAAGCUCCCAGAACCAACCUGUCUACACGGCAGGUUUGUGAGCCACAGGUUCACACACAUGGUGUUUCCUGGAGUCUGUAGGUGAGCUGAGGUGGGGGUGUUGUCUGUGUGGUCACAUGUGUCCUGGGAUAGUCGCCUUGAAGAAUGGCAGCAGUGUGGACCAGGAGGAGGGGUGAGGUCUCGGGGUGGACUGGAAGUUACGUCGUGCAAAUCCUUCCUGUUGGGGCGGUAUUUGCAACCACGUGGCUUCACGAAUCCACCAAAGCAUCAGGUGAAUAAACGGGAGAGGAGAAGAGAGUCUGGGACUCAGCCUUGGAGUAUAAGUCAGAGCUGGAAAGAAGAGACUCCCGAGACUGGACGACCACCAAGAGGUGCCAUGUCCCUGAAGGGCCAGAGGAGGGUUGAUGGUGUGACCCUCGAAGCUGAGCAAGGAGUGGAGAGAGGAGGGCUGGAGGACUCCUGCCUGCCAUGACCCAGUCCAGGGAUAAGAUGCACAGACCAUGAAUUACGUGGGGCAGUUAGCCGGCCAGGUGUUUGUCACCGUGAAGGAGCUCUACAAGGGGCUGAACCCCGCCACGCUCUCGGGGUGCAUUGACAUCAUUGUCAUCCGCCAGCCCAAUGGAAACCUCCAAUGCUCCCCUUUCCACGUCCGCUUUGGGAAGAUGGGCGUCCUGCGCUCCCGAGAGAAAGUGGUUGACAUAGAAAUCAAUGGGGAAUCUGUGGAUUUGCACAUGAAAUUGGGAGAUAAUGGAGAAGCAUUUUUUGUUCAAGAAACAGAUAAUGAUCAGGAAGUCAUCCCCAUGCACCUGGCCACCUCCCCCAUCCUGUCAGAAGGAGCUUCGAGAAUGGAAUGUCAGCUGAAAAGAGGCUCUGUGGACAGGAUAAGAGGCCUGGAUGCCGGCACGCCAGCCCAAGUGAUCGCUCCCAGCGAGACGCCGUCCAGCAGCUCUGUAGUAAAGAAGAGAAGAAAAAGGAGGAGAAAGUCCCAGCUGGACAGCCUGAAGAGAGAUGACAGCGUGAACACGUCUGAGGAGGAGGACAUGUUCCCCAUUGAGAUGAGCUCGGAUGAGGCCAUGGAGCUGCUGGAGAGCAGCAGAACUCUUCCUAAUGAUAUGUCUCCAUUCCAAGAUGAUAUUCCUCAGGAAAACCUCUCCCCAGCCGUGAUUUACCCUCAGUCAGCCUCAUACCCUAAUUCAGAUAGAGAGUGGUCGCCCACUCCCAGUAGCCUGGUAGAUUGCAAAAGGACUGCCCCUCAUCUUGCAGAUGCGGCCGAGGGAGGUCUGUCUAGUUCUUGCCCUCCACAGUCUUCCCUGUUCCAUCCUCCGGAAAGUCCUUCCGGUUCCCGACCUUCAACACCUAAAAGUGAUUCAGAAUUGGUCAGCAAGUCCACGGACAGGACGGGGCAGAAGAAUCCAGAAAUGCUCUGGCUGUGGGGAGAGCUGCCGCAGGCUGCUAAGUCUUCCUCUCCACACAAGAUGAAAGAGUCCAGCCCAUUGAGCACUAGAAAAAUCUGUGAUAAAAGUCACUUUCAGGCCAUUCACAGCGAAUCUUCAGACACUUUUAGUGACCAAUCGCCAACUCUGGCCGGGGGAGCGCUUUUGGACCAGAACAAGCCUCAGACAGAAAUGCAGUUUGUGAAUGAGGAAGACCUAGAGACCUUAGGAGCAGCAGCGCCACUCUUGCCCAUGAUCGAGGAGCUCAAACCCCCGUCUGCCAGUGUAGUCCAGACAGCAAACAAGACGGAUUCUCCUUCUAGGAAAAAAGAUAAACGAAGCCGACAUCUUGGUGCUGACGGCGUCUACCUGGAUGACCUCACAGACAUGGAUCCUGAAGUGGCGGCCCUGUAUUUCCCCAAAAACGGAGACCCUUCCGGACUCGCAAAACAUGCCAGCGACAACGGAGCCCGGUCGGCCAACCAGUCCCCGCAGUCUGUGGGCAGCUCAGGCGUGGACAGUGGCGUGGAGAGCACCUCGGACGGGCUGAGGGACCUCCCUUCCAUCGCCAUCUCCCUCUGCGGGGGCCUCAGCGACCACCGGGAGAUCACGAAAGAUGCAUUCCUGGAGCAAGCUGUGUCGUAUCAACAGUUUGUGGACAACCCCGCUAUUAUCGAUGACCCCAAUCUCGUGGUAAAGAUUGGGAGUAAAUACUAUAAUUGGACAACAGCAGCACCCCUCCUCCUGGCAAUGCAGGCCUUCCAGAAACCUUUGCCAAAGUCUUCAUGCUUAAGUUACCUUCAUGUAAUUUUGGACGCCAUUAGGUUUUGCUUCUCUAAAAUUUUUAACCCACAAAUAGCCACUGUGGAAUCUAUCAUGAGGGAUAAAAUGCCCAAAAAGGGAGGAAGAUGGUGGUUUUCAUGGAGGGGAAGAAACACCACGAUCAAGGAGGAGAGUAAGCCAGAGCAGUGCUUGGCUGGCAACGGACGUAGCACCGGAGAGCAACCACCGCAGCUCAGCAUGGCCACCAGAGUAAAGCAUGAAUCAUCCUCCAGUGAUGAGGAGCGCGCAGCUGCCAAACCAUCAAACUCAGGCCACCUCCCUCUUCUGCCUAACGUCAGCUACAAGAAGACUCUCCGGCUGACUUCCGAGCAGCUUAAAAGCUUGAAGUUGAAGAAUGGCCCCAACGACGUGGUUUUCAGUGUCACCACGCAGUACCAAGGCACCUGCCGCUGUGAGGGCACCAUCUAUCUGUGGAACUGGGAUGAUAAAGUCAUCAUUUCCGAUAUUGACGGGACGAUCACCAGAUCAGAUACUCUUGGCCACAUUUUGCCCACCCUUGGGAAGGAUUGGACCCACCAGGGCAUUGCUAAGCUGUACCAUAAAGUGAGCCAGAACGGAUAUAAAUUUCUCUACUGCUCUGCCCGUGCCAUCGGGAUGGCGGACAUGACGCGGGGCUACCUGCACUGGGUCAACGAGAGGGGCACGGUGCUGCCCCAGGGGCCCCUGCUGCUGAGUCCCAGCAGCCUCUUCUCUGCCCUGCACAGAGAAGUGAUUGAAAAGAAGCCAGAAAAGUUUAAAGUCCAGUGUUUGACAGACAUCAAAAACCUGUUUUUCCCCAAUACAGAACCCUUUUAUGCUGCUUUUGGAAACCGACCGGCUGAUGUGUAUUCAUACAAGCAAGUAGGAGUGUCUUUGAAUAGAAUAUUUACCGUCAACCCUAAAGGAGAGCUGGUACAGGAACAUGCGAAGACCAACAUCUCAUCGUAUGUGAGACUCUGUGAAGUAGUCGACCACGUUUUCCCAUUGCUGAAAAGAAGCCAUUCUUCAGACUUUCCCUGUUCGGAUACCUUCAGUAACUUCACCUUUUGGAGAGAGCCACUGCCACCUUUUGAAAACCAGGACAUUCAUUCUGCCUCCGCGUAAAAUGUCCCAAGCAGCCUCUUGCCAGCAGUGCAGAGCCUGAUUGUCACCCAUUAAAGGAUAAAUCUCCCGGGAGUGCACAGCUCCACCUGGGAGCCUGGCGCGUCGUCAUUGGCCUGACAGCAGAGAGAAGUGAGAAGCAUUUCUCCUCUGCCCCACCCUGGGGCUGACAUUUCUAAGCAAGUGGGAAGGGAGCACUUUCUAGGCGAGGAGUUGGGCGCAUUUGUACCGUGAAAAGCAUUCCUCAGUUGUGGCUUAAUGCCAGUUACGAUGCUGCCUUUCCGUCCUGCCCCAGCAAGUAGCUAUUGGUUCACGUGCAGUUUGGGGCUGUGAAACCUAGGCAGAGGGUGGCUGUCUGAGGGCUGUCCCUGCCUAGGACAGGGUCAGUCGAGGAAUGCCAGAUAGGCACGGUUUUUGGCAAAGUAGGGGGUGCGUUUCCAUUAUAGCAAUGUUAGUGCCACCACCUUCUGAAUACAGGGGGGAGGGCUGUGGAGGCUCAUGUGACCUGGAUCUGAGGUCUCUGAUAGAAAUCCGGACGUCACUGGGUUCAGGCCUGGCCUCAGACUUGGCCUCGUGGAUGGGCCCCUUACAGUAUUUGCUGACUAGUCUCAUUUUUAGGUGAUAAGUUUUUCUUUAAUUCCUUUUGUUAAAGAUAGUCUAUUUAAUUGGCAUAUUUCCCCCCAGUUUUUGUGGCUCAAGGCUGGAAUAUUUAUGCCUUAAUGUAUCUAUGGCAGAUAUUUUAUUUAGAAUGCGCUUCAUCUAGCUCAUGGUAACUUUGCAACGCCUUAGAUUAAAAUGAUAGUAAAUAUUACUAAGGCAGUAUUUUGAAUGAGUUCGACACUGCCAGCUUCCUUCCAUCCAGCAAGGUGGUGCUGACUAUGUGGACUUGAGCGCACUUAUGCCAAAUGAUAAUGAUAACUGACUUCUAUUGAGAGCUCUCCAAAGAAACUGGUUGGUUUUAAGAAAAUAGUUUCAAGAAGUUAAACUGUAUUCUUUUAGAUAUUAUUUAUUGUUUUACUCUGAUUAGGUUACUGUGGUAGGCAUUUUAGUCAUAGUCUUUCUAUACCACUGUCAUUAAUAUAUUAAAAAGAUGUAUGUGUUAGACUAUCCAAAGGGCCUUAUUCUCUCUUUCUCAUAGACUGAUCUUCUUUUGGGAUUUAUGAGUCAUUUAUUUUCCUUAGCUUUUUCCACUCAAGUUAAGGGCAAGUGAAAAAGUAAUAAUUUGAGUGGCAUUCUUUAAGCUGACAGAAUGUGAUUCUUUUACUUGUUUAUUACACUGGCUUGUGGACAGAACGGUUUGAAAAGUGAAAGAAUUAUUUUGGUAAAAGAUUUUGCUUUACUUUUCGAAGCAUUAUUUUUUUAAAGAGUGUUUUACUCCAACGAUUGAAACAUUUUCCUAUUUAAAUUUCCUUGUUAGAAUCACAGGAGGCAAAAAAAUGGAACAGUUGAAUGAAAUUUUACUCUUUCUGUGAAAGAAAAUCCACAGAGUUGUUGCCUCCGUUGUAGUUGGUGGGCCCUGUUAGCAUUGGAUGCCUUUGCCAAAUGGUUCGUGUGGACACACAAAGGCAAACAUAGAUCUGCCAUCGAUUGCAGAUUUCUGUAGAAACACGGAUGUGCAUGUGCAGAUUCCUUUUGGAGAUAUUAAAAAUAAUUAAAAAUAGUCCUGCCUGAGGUUGCAGUGAGCCGAGAGCGUGCUACUGCACUCCAGCCUGGGUGACAGUGUGAGAAUCCGUGUCAAAAAAAAAAAAAAAAAAAAAUUGGCCUGCCUUAACUAACUUCUCUGCGCCUGUUCACUAGUAACCUAAAGAGGCUAUAUUCAUUCUUUAUGCAAUGAGGGUAUUUGAGUGAAUUUUAACUGCUCUGAACUAAGUAUAAGCUCAUGGGCCUGCGAAGGUGCACACAGUUUCUCCUUUGCACCUGGGAGGAACUUUGGCUGUGAGAAUGCGGGGACGUAUCCCCCAUGCAGUUCGCAGUCGGGCAACCCUCUGCCCCAGCACACUCUGCAGGCGGAGUUUUCAGAGCAUGCAAUUUUGGACCCCGAAUUUUGAUGUACCUUAAACUUCCACAUCACUGCACCCUGAAACAGAGCAUGCCUUCCAGAAAGUCACACUCUCAGAUCUGUGUCAAGUUCAGUGUGAGCCCUGGCAAGGCUGGCAUAUUAACACCUGCCUUCUGGCUUCUGAAAGUGAGAUUUCUAUAUGGGCUGCACUCACGCAUAUGCAAGUUAGUUUAUCUUUGUGUCCAUGACUAUAACCCAGUGAUGCUGAGGUCAUGUGCUGGGAUGCUGUAUUUGGACCACACAUUUCAAAGUUGCCCUAUGGAAAUGAAUCCCACUUAGUGACACGUCAUCAGAUGUUUGUCACAUGUGAUGAAGAAAAAUAUGUAUACCUGGCAUAGAGAAAAAUAUAUACCUGGUACAUUGGAGAAAAAUAAUUAUACUUUCAAAGAGAAUUCCCUUUGCAGUUUUAUGUUUGGAUCACCACUGUAAGCACAUUUUAUUUACAUUUGAUCUGUAUUUGUAUAUGCUGGUGCAACGAUAAAAAUCACUGUGAUACUUCAUUGUGUUAUACUGGAUGCAAAGCUAGAAAAUAUUGCAAUAAAUGAGACCGAUGAAAGACUUCUCUGAAAA